AUGCCCGAGCCGUCCCGCUCGGCGCCCGCGCCCAAGAAGGGCUCCAAGAAGGCCGUCACCAAGGCGCAGAAGAAGGACGGCAAGAAGCGCAAGCGCAGCCGCAAGGAGAGCUACUCCAUCUACGUGUACAAGGUGCUGAAGCAGGUGCACCCCGACACCGGCAUCUCGUCCAAGGCCAUGGGCAUCAUGAACUCGUUCGUCAACGACAUCUUCGAGCGCAUCGCGGGCGAGGCGUCGCGCCUGGCGCAUUACAACAAGCGCUCGACCAUCACGUCCCGCGAGGUGCAGACGGCCGUGCGCCUGCUGCUGCCCGGGGAGCUGGCGAAGCACGCCGUGUCCGAGGGCACCAAGGCCGUCACCAAGUACACCAGCUCCAAGUGAGGCGCGCCCGGCGCC